UCGGGGCGGCGGGAGAGGAACGCGGCUCAUCUCCGAACCAGCCCCCGCCGCGGCGUCCUCGCCGAGCAUCCCCCCUCGGCCGGAAUGACAUCAGGGCAGCUCCGAGUCCCUGCAAGCCUGCGGGCUGAGUAGCGGCGGGAUCGGCCGCUGCUGCCAAGCGCAGCCCCGCGAAGCCGCCGCGCUGCUGCCGGAGAUCCGCGGGAGCCGGAGCCUGACUCCGGCGCUCGGAGCGCGACGCCGGCGCCAGGACCGCGAGCAGCGGCUCCUGGGCUGAUCCCAGAGUUCUCGCAGCCUUUCUGCCGGAGCCCGGCGUCAUCCCCGUGCCCAGGAAGGAAGCUGCAUUUGGAACGCUGUGCUGAGCAGAGGUUUGAAUCGUUCCAGCUGGCUGCUCGCUCUGAAAGGACAGGCUGGGUACAAAUGAGAUGUGACUGCGCCGGUGGAGUUCAGUGACUGGGGCCGGAGCAAGAGGAGCCUUCCUGGGAUGCUGCUGAGAGCUGCUGGCAGCUGAGAACUCUGCCUGGUUCACCUGGAGCCCUGUGAAGAGCUUCGAAUAGCAGGAGUCUCUCUUUGCUGCACACCAGGAAAGAAAUUCUUCUCUAGAUAAUGUUAAGAGUCCUCUUCAUUGAUUAUUGGCAGCUGCUGCUCUGUGAGAAAACCUCUUCCAAUUUGUCUUUCCUGAUCCUUUGACUUCCCGCUCCAACAUCCUUACAGCCUCUCCAAACGCCUCAUAAAUGCACUGCAAUGGUCACAUGAACACCUCGGAAAGGGAACUUCUGCAACUCCUCAUUCCCAUGGCACAUUAGGAGGAGCACCUGGAAGAGUGCUAAGUCCAGCAGGAACUGGAAGCCCCGCCAAAGAUGAAUCUCAUCGGGAAGCUCCACAGAAGCUUCCGAAUGCUGGUCAUUCUCCUGGCCACCUUCUGCUUAGCAAGUAUUGUCAUCUCCGCCUAUUUCCUCUACACUGGCUACAAGCAGGAAAUGGCCCUUGUGGAAACCACUGGGCAAGCAGAGUGCGAGGACCUCAAACUUCUGCCCUACAGGUCUGAGGAGCUGAGAACACCUAAGCCAAUUGAUCCCUCUAGGACUGAUCCCACUGUGCUCCUGUUCGUGGAAAGCCAGUACUCCCAGCUGGGGCAAGACAUCGUAGCCAUCCUCGAGUCCAGCAAGUUUCAGUACCACAUGGUCAUUGCACCAGCCAAGGGGGACAUUCCCCCUCUCACAGACAACGGGAGAGGGAAGUACACCAUCAUUAUAUAUGAAAAUAUUUUAAAGUAUGUGUCCAUGGACUCAUGGAAUAGAGAGCUUCUGGAAAAAUACUGUGUGGAAUACAGUGCUAGCAUAAUUGGUUUUCAUAAAGCCAACGAGAACAGCUCCCCCAGCAGCAGGCUGAAAGGGCUGCCCUUGCAGCUGUACAACAACGUGGCCCUGCGAGACUGCGUGGUGAACCCUCGCUCGCCCCUGCUGCGCAUCACCAAAGCGCCCAGGCUGGAGCAGGGCCCCCUGCCCGGCCAGGACUGGACGGUGUUCCAGUUCAACCAUUCCACCUACCAGCCCGUGCUGCUGGGCGAGCUGCAGCCCGCCAGGCCCACCCCAGCCUCGCUGCCCCGCACCACUCUCCAUGCAACCGUCAUCCAGGACCUGGGCCUGCACGACGGCAUCCAGAGAGUCCUCUUUGGGAACAACCUGACCUUCUGGCUCCACAAGCUCAUCUUCAUCGACGCCAUCUCCUUCCUGUCGGGGAAGAAGCUGACACUCUCCUUGGAGAGGUACAUUCUGGUGGACAUCGACGACAUCUUCGUGGGGAAGGAGGGGACGAGGAUGAACGUCAACGAUGUGAAGGCUUUACUAGAGACUCAAAAUUUACUGCGCACUCAGGUUGCAAAUUUUACCUUCAACCUUGGAUUUUCAGGAAAAUUUUACCACACAGGGACGGAGGAGGAGGAUGAGGGUGAUGACCUGCUGCUGAGAUCUGUGGAUGAAUUCUGGUGGUUUCCCCACAUGUGGAGUCACAUGCAGCCACACCUCUUCCACAACGAGUCCUCACUGGCGGAGCAGAUGAUCCUCAACAAAGAGUUUGCAAUGGAGCACGGCAUCCCCACGGGCAUGGGCUACGCGGUGGCCCCACAUCACUCGGGGGUGUACCCGGUGCACGUGCAGCUCUACGAGGCCUGGAAGAAGGUGUGGCACAUCCGUGUGACCAGCACAGAGGAGUACCCACACCUGAAACCUGCACGGUACAGACGGGGCUUCAUCCACAAUGGCAUCAUGGUGCUCCCUCGACAGACCUGUGGCCUUUUCACUCACACUAUUUUUUACAAGGAAUAUCCUGGUGGUCCUCAGGAGCUGGACAAAAGUAUCCGAGGAGGGGAACUGUUCCUCACCGUUCUCCUGAACCCCAUCAGCAUUUUCAUGACCCACCUGUCCAACUAUGGCAACGACCGCCUGGGACUCUACACCUUUGCCAACCUCGCCAGCUUUGUCAGGAGCUCCACGAACCUGCGGCUGCAGACACUGCCCCCCGUGCAGCUGGCCCAGAAGUACUUCCAGCUCUUCCCCGAGCAGACUGACCCCCUGUGGCAGAACCCGUGUGACGAUAAGAGACACAGGGAUAUUUGGUCCAGAGACAAAACUUGUGACCACCUGCCCAAAUUCCUGGUGAUAGGACCCCAGAAAACAGGUACAACAGCCCUUUAUUUAUUCCUUCUGAUGCACCCUUCCAUUAUCAGCAAUCUCCCCAGCCCAAAAACUUUUGAGGAAGUUCAAUUCUUCAAUGGCAACAACUACCACAAGGGAAUUGACUGGUACAUGGAAUUCUUCCCCACUCCUUCCAACACCACCACCGACCUCCUGUUUGAGAAAAGUGCCAACUAUUUCCACUCUGAGGAAGCUCCCAGGAGAGCUGCUUCCCUCAUCCCCAAGGCCAAGAUCAUCACCAUCCUCAUUGACCCGUCGGACCGCGCCUACUCCUGGUACCAGCACCAGCGCUCCCACGAGGACCCCGCCGCCCUGAGGUUCGAUUUCUACGAGGUGAUCGCGGGCGGGCCCCGGGCGCCGCCGGAGCUGCGGGCGCUGCAGCGGCGCUGCCUGGAGCCCGGCUGGUACGCGCUGCACAUCCACAGGUGGCUCUCGCACUUCCCGCCCGCCCAGUUGCUCAUUAUUGAUGGACAGCAGCUGAGAAGUGACCCUGCUACUGUGAUGGAUGAAGUGCAGAAGUUUCUGGGAGUCUCUCCUCACUACAAUUACUCUGAAGCCCUAACGUUUGACCCUCAGAAAGGCUUCUGGUGCCAGUUAUUGGAAGGAGGGAAAACAAAGUGCCUGGGGAAAAGCAAAGGUCGGAAAUACCCACCAAUGGACCAAGAGUCCCGAGCGUUUCUGUCGAGCUACUACCGGGAGCACAACGUGGAGCUGUCCAAGCUGCUGCACAGGCUGGGCCAGCCGCUGCCCUCCUGGCUGCGGCAGGAGCUGCAGAAGGUCAGGUAGCGCCGGGGGCGCCCGGCCCGGCGCAUCCCUGCCCGCCCACACCCUCCCGCUCCUCCGGCUCACUCGGCAUCGUCAGGACAGGACCUCACGGACCGCGCCCUUCCCAGCGAAUCCAGACAAACCACAGCAGAAUACAUAAAAAGCCCCAAACCCAAGCCCGACAAGUGUUGGAAUGGCCGCGCUGCCGGCGGAGCGGCACCGAGCCCCUCGGGCAGCUCCCGGCCGCUCCUCCUGCAUCCCGGCCGGGGCCGCGCCGAGCCUCGCUCCUCCCUUCAGGGGGCACCAGGAACUCUGCGUGGGACGGACGGACACCGCACGGACAAACUGCAGUCUGUCCGGACACGGGCAAAGGAUGGGAACGUCUCUCUCUGGACUGGGAGUUCAUCCUUUUAGUAUGACUGCAAAGGUGUGGACCUGCCCACGGACUCGAUUCCUCCAUCACUCUCCUAUCUAGAAAAGCUGCCAAAAGGAAAUCAGGAUUUGCAAGCAACACAGAUUCUGAAGUGUUCAGUGCUCCAGUGACUGGAUAACUUUUAUAAGACUUCUAUGAUUUCUGCAGUAUUUCAGAGCAAAGGACAUCCUGUUGAUAGAGCUGAGGAAAAAUUUCACUGUCUUGCCCAAGCUCUUUUUACUUAAAUUUUUCUUUCCCCUCCUACAUGACGACAGCAAAUCCAGUUGAACAAAUACUUGGUGUUGAAGCAGAAGGAAUGAGAAUAAAUUUUGAUCACUCAAAGUAUUUUUGUUGGGGGGGUGGGGAUGGUGAGGGAGGUCAAGGGCUGUACUUGCUGGAAUUGUUUUAAAUAAUUGAUGUGCUCACAGCUGAUUAUGGGUUUUUCUCACUGCCACAGAAUAAACACUUCUGAUGGUGUAUUACA